GACCCAGUCCGACUCCUAGCAUCUGCUCAAGCUCUCGCCAUAUCCAUCCACCAUAUAGCACAUGGGACAAUCACCACCUAGUCACCUCUAUCACCACCACCAACUUCACCCUCACCACCCAACAUGUCCCUCGGCCGCCUCCGCAACUUCCUCUCCGGCCACCGUGCCGACGCCUCCUCCCCCCCCCCCCACUUCCUCGUCUUCCGCUCCUCAAAACUCUUCAUCAUCCUCACCCUCUGCGCCGCCGUCUUCAGCGACAUGUUCCUCUACGGCGUCAUCGUGCCCGUCGUCCCCUUCGCCCUGACUGCGCGCGCUGGAGUCCCCGAGGGGGACGCCCAGCACUGGGUUAGCGUGCUGCUUGCCGUCUAUGGCGCUGCGCUGCUUGUGUCGGCGCCGAUUUCAGGGUGGUAUGCGGAUCGCACGAGUAGUCGGAGACUACCGCUGCUGUUUGGCCUCGUGGCGUUGACAGGGGCGACGGUGUUGCUUUGUCUUGCGAGGAGCGUGGCGCUGAUGGUUGUUGGGCGGCUGCUGCAGGGGUGCGCGGCGGGUGUGGUCUGGACGGUUGGGAUGGCGUUGAUGGUUGAUACGGUGGGGCAGAAGGAUAUUGGGCAGCUCCUGGGGUAUGUUGGGAUUUCGAUGUCGGUGGGGAUUAUUGCUGCGCCGUUGGUUGGAGGGGUGGUGUACCAGCGGUGUGGGUACUAUGCGGUUUAUUAUGUGUGUUUUGGACUGUUGGCGCUGGAUAUUGGAAUGAGGUUGGCGUUGAUUGAGAAGAAGAUUGCGGCGCAGUGGGAUGAUGUGGUGGGUGUCAAGCCGGAAGCGAGUGUGGGCGAAACGACGACGGAAGAGGUGAGGGGGGAGGAUGAGCAGGCCAAGGUGGUGAGGGAGAAGGAUCUGGACGUUCCUGGCGGAACAAGUAGCACCGACGCCUCUACGACCAACGAAGCCGUUACGACCUCCUCUGGACCCCGCCCCCGCCAUCCAAUGCUCACCCUCCUCUCCUCGCGCCGCCUCCUCGCCGCCCUCUGGGCCUGCCUAAUCCAAGCCUCCAUCCUCACAGCCUUCGACUCCGUCCUCCCCCUCUUCGUUGCCCGCACCUUCUCCUGGUCCCCCACCGGUGCCGGUCUCAUUUUCCUGCCCAUCCUAAUCCCCGGCUUCUUCGCGCCCCUCUUCGGCGCCAUCGCCGACCGGUACGGUCCGCGAUGGCUCGCUGUAUCCGGGUUCUUGGGCGCGAUUCCGUGUUUGGUGUUGUUGAGAUUUGUGGAUCAUGAUUCCACGAGACAGGUGGUGCUCCUGUGCGCGUUGUUGGCGCUUUUGGGGACCGCGCUGGCGGCGGUUAUGCCCCCGCUGAUGGCGGAGAUUACGUAUAUCGUUGAGGCGAAGGAAGUGCGCAGCCCAGGCAUAUUCGGGGCGAAGGGGGCGUACGCGCAGGCGUAUGGGCUGUUCGUUAUGGCGUUUGCUGGAGGAUGUCUAGUGGGACCGAUUUGGGCGGGGUUUGUGGAUAAUAAGAGUGGGUGGGGGACGAUGGGGUGGUCCUUAGCGAUAUUGAGUUUUGCGGGGGCGGUGCCGGUGUUUAUUUGGGCGGGGGGGUUGGUUACGAGAAAUAAUGCGAAGACGGGGGCGGAGAGGGCGGCAGGUAAGAAGGAGGUUAAGGUAGAUGAUGGAGGGGAAGAAGGGGUGGUGGGGGAGGGGGCGAGGUGA